AUGGCUGGGGGGGGAAUUCCAGACCAAAUCUUUGCUGACAAUCUCAUUACUAACACCUAUUGCUACAGCAAGGGAGACAAUCCCCACGUGGAGGACUGCAUGAAGCUGAACCCGUCCUUCGUGGGCAUCGCGCUCAGCUCCCUGCUCGCUAUCGACCUCUGGGCCUCCAAGCGCCUGGGCGUGUGCGCCGGGGAGGGCUCGGCCUGGGGCAGCGCCCGCCCGCUCAUGAAGGUCAUUGAGGUGUCGGGGCACGGCAUCCCCUGGCUGCUCGGCACCUUCUACGGGCUCUGCCAGAGUGACAGCUCGGCGGCCAGGGAGGUGCUGCUCAACCUGCUCUUCGCAUUGCUGCUGGACCUGGUGAUGGUGGCCGUGGUGAAGGGGCUGGUGAAGCGGCCACGGCCCACCCACAACAAGAUGGACAUGUUCGUCACCAUCUCGGUGGACAAGUACUCCUUCCCCUCGGGCCACGCCACCCGCGCCGCCCUGGUCUGCCGCUUCGUCCUGCGGCACCUGGUGCUCGCUGUCCCGCUGCGCGUCCUCGUGGUGCUCUGGGCCCUCAUCGUCAGCAUCUCCAGGGUGAUGCUGGGCAGGCACAACAUGAUGGACGUGCUGUUCGGGCUGGUGCUGGGCUACGCCCUGUACAGCGUGGUGGAGCACUGCUGGCUGUCCCCGCUCAACGCGCCCGCCCUCUUCGCGCUCUGGGACCACUGACAGGCGGGCUCCUCACAAAGGAGGGGCGUGCCUGGUUUCCUAAGCACGCACAAGGGAGGGGAUACUGGGACUUGAACUCGCAUCCUAAACCCCGAUAGUCUGGCCAAGACUUGUACACGAGCGGUGCUCCAGGCUCCUGGUCUGCACUUGGAUGUUUGGUGCUGUCUUGCCCUCCUGGUCAGGUGUCAGGCAGGGUCUGCACUGGCCAAACAGCUGCACUGACUGUUCUGUGACAAAAAAAACAGUCUCUGCAGAGCCUGGGGAGGGCUCAGCACAUUUCACCUGGCAGCUUGCUGAUGAUACUGUGAAUCUGCAUGCUCUUGCUGGUCACUUGCAAUAGCCCAUGGUGUAUGUGGUAGCUGUGACUUUGCAGAGGUUUGUCUACAAUCACCCAUGUAUCUGUAUUCUAUAAAUACACUGAUCAUGCUGCUGUCA